GAUGUGAAUACAUCAGCUGUUGCCAUUCGUAACACCGGUACAAUGUUGUGGCAUUUGAACAAAAAUGUUGAAGUUUGUACAAAAAAGUUUUAGUUAUAGGUUUUACUCAAUUAAGCAUGCCACAGAAAAGCCAAUUAAAUAUACACACACUAUUAAUUUACCAAAAACUAAAUUUCCGAACCGACUGACAGCAGCAAAGCGUGUAGAAAUUGAACAGCAAUUGUUGGAAACAAAAUUUGCAAGUGGUUAUCGGUAUCAGGAGGCACACAAUAAGGAACCAACUUUUGUGCUACAUGAUGGACCACCAUAUGCUAAUGGCGACCUGCACAUGGGUCAUGCAGUUAACAAAAUUCUUAAAGAUAUAACAUUGCGUCAACAUGCAAGCAAUGGUGAGAAGGUCAACUAUAUACCAGGUUGGGAUUGUCAUGGUUUGCCUAUAGAAUUGAAAGCGCUGAAUGCAGUAGAUAAUAACGUUACUAAGGACAUACAAAGUGUUCGUGAAAAAUCACGACAAUUUGCUUUAAAUGCUAUUAAAAAUCAAAAAACCGAAUUUCGAAAUUGGGGAAUUCUUUCUGAUUGGGAUGAUCCAAAAAAUAUAUAUCUAACGACAAAUCCAGAUUUUAUAAUAAAUCAAUUAAAAUUGUUUUUGAAUUUAUAUGAAAAAGGAUUAGUGUAUCGUGAUUUAAAGCCGGUUUAUUGGUCACCGUCUUCAAGAAGUGCAUUGGCUGAAGCUGAAUUGGAAUAUAAUCCAAAUUUUGUUAGCCCGUCUGUUUAUGUGCGUUUCGCUUUAACCAAAUUACCGACAAAUAUUACCAAAAUGGAAAGUAAAAUACAUGCUUUAGUAUGGACUACAACACCGUGGACAUUGCCUAGCAAUCAAGCUAUUUGUUAUAAUUCAGCAUUAGAAUAUGCGAUAGUAAAGUUGCAUGAUUCCAAUAAAAUAGAUAUGAGUGAUUUGUACUUGAUAGCAACAAAUUUAAUACAAGAAUUUGAAGAGACCACAACAUAUAAGUGUGAAGUCCUACAUAAAAUAAAAGGUACAGACUUAUCGGAAUGUACCUAUCAACAUCCAAUAUAUAAAGAUCAGCAAACCUUGCCAUUUUUUGCUGCAGACCAUGUAAAAGAUACAAAAGGUACUGGAUUAGUGCAUACAGCACCUGCACAUGGACCAGAAGAUUUUCUUGUUAGCUUAGAACAUAAAUUAAAAGUGCAAAACUACGUAAAUGCAAAUGGAGUUUAUACAAUGGAAGCACCAGAAUUUUUGCGUGGUAAAUCUGUACUGGACGAAGGUGAUAAACUCGUUAUUGAUCAUAUAGCCAAAGAUAUAGUACAUGCUAGUAAAUUUACACAUGCUUAUCCCAUUGAUUGGCGUACUAAAGAGCCGGUAAUAAUACGUGCAAGUGAGCAAUGGUUUAUUAAUACUGCGGAAAUAAAAGAUCGGGCUGUGAAGGAGUUGGAGAAGGUUGAGAUAUAUCCACGAGUUAAUGCUGAAGCAAGUAAGAAAAAUUUAACAACACAAUUACUAAAGCGUCCAUAUUGGUGCAUAUCGCGUCAACGUGCUUGGGGUGUGCCUAUACCAGCAUUUUAUAACAACGAAACAAAUGAAGUUAUUAUAAAUAGGGAUAUAAUACAACAUAUCUGUGAUAUUAUUCAAAAGGAGAGUAAUGUUGACUUUUGGUGGUCAAAAUCUGUAGAUGAUAUUUUACCAAAAAAAUUAAUUAAGGAUUUGAAUUUACCUAUUGAAAAUAUAACAAAAGGUUUAGAUAUUUUUGAUAUCUGGUUUGAUUCUGGCAGUACUUGGUCGAGUGUUUUAAAACAACAAAAAGUGGCAGAUGUCUAUUUAGAGGGAUAUGAUCAAUUUACUGGUUGGUUUCAGUCGUCAUUACUGACGAGUGUUGCCGCAAGGAAUUGUGCUCCUUACAAAUCAAUUUUUGUGCAUGGUUUUACAGUGGAUGAGAAAGGUAAUAAAAUGUCUAAAUCAAUUGGAAAUGUUAUAUCACCUAAGGAAAUUACAAAAAAAUAUGGUGUCGAUGUGUUAAGAUGGUGGGUUGCUUCACAUGCUACACAAAAUAUGUCCAUAAUUGUCAGCGAUAAAAUUUUACAACAAUCUGCUGAAAGUCUAAGCAAGAUACGUGCUACUCUUCGGUACUUAAAUGGAGUAAUCAAUGAAAAAUCUACGACUAGUUGGGAUAGUGAUGAUCAGUCAUAUUUAAAUAGAUACUUGUUAAGUUGCUUGGUGGAUUUUGAAGAAAAGUGUCAAAACAGUUACAACUGCUACGAAUAUCAUCGUGUUGUAUCACACAUAUUGAAUUUCGUUGCGAACCAAAUCUCAGCCACGUACUUGCAUUUAAUCAAGGAUCGCUUAUAUUGCGGUGAUAAUGAUGAGUUAGCAAGUAUUCGCUAUACAGUUAGCAAAUGCUACGAAAUACUGUGCAAAUCGUUGUGGCCAAUUACGCCAUUUUUGAUAGAAGAAAGUUGGAGCUUUUAUGAUGCUAAGAAUGCAUUUUAUCAACAAAAAGUGCUAUCGAAUCCGUCAUGGAGGAAUGAAAACAUUGAAAAUGCUUUAAAUACAGCUCUCAAAUAUAAACGUUUAAUAAAUCAAAAAUUGAGUGAUGUCAACACUUGGACUUUGGCAGUCUCAAUUUUACCCACGAAUGAAGAGACGUUGGAAGAAUUAAAUAAACUACAAAUUGAUAUGGAUACUCCUGUUAGCAGGUCAGAAUUAUGUGAAAUUUUACAGGUUGGCAAAGUUACUUUAUUAUCAAGUAUAGCUGAAAGUGCAAGAACGCCCGAGACUGACUUUUUGAUUGACAUAAAAGUUUUAGAUAUUAUUUUAUGUCCUAGAUGUAGGCGGUAUGCUGUUAAAGAUGAGACGUGUAUUUGUCAACGUUGUACAGAAGUUUUGAGUUUAAAAUAAAUAGCUUUAAAUAAUA